CUAAGAGUUUUGGAGAAAAGUGUCCAGUAAAUGAAUAAAUGUAAAGGAAAGCGUUACUAAGUGAAAUAAUUAGAAAAGUUAAUAAGUGUAUGAAUUGACAAGCAUUGUUAAACACAGCAAAGGGAGGAUGGACUAGUCAGUGAGAUGACAGGGGACAUCUAGUGCAAGGUGUGGUGGGACAAAGAAAGCCCAGGACCUUUUCAAAAGUGAAUUACAAAUUUAGUAAAGUGCUUGAUACUAAAGCAUAAAAACCUGGAGAUUUAUCCUAAUUAUAUCUAAGCACGGCAAACGGCCACAAAAACGGUUCAAACGCGACAACUCGGAAGGUGUAACGAAAGACAAAGUCACUGCGGAACUAGAGACCGCGCGCCCUCCAUUCGCCGCAUCAGUGUUCGCAUUCGCGACGGCACUUUCGACCUCUUUCAACGGGGAGGGUUUCAGAUGGGUAUAUUUCAUACAUUCUAGUGGCAGACAGGAAAAAAACUAUCUUUAAAAAUAUAAAAAAUGAAACGUAUGUUGUAUUUAAUGUAUAAUGACUAGCUACGGUAUUUUCCGGGAAUGCGUUCCCCCCCCCCCCCCUCCCUAUUAGUGGUGUCGAAAGUGAGGCUACCGAGACGAAGACAUGUUUACAGCCGGCUUCCGGCCAGACCGUCUGCAUGGUUUGGGACCCAUGUACAGGUACUUCCUUUCCCUCAUCACAUCGUCCUCCCUCCGAGUGCUUCGGCCCGGCCGCUCGUUGCACCGUUUCCACGGGGAAAUGGAGCGCGCCGUAGUGAGGUGCGUGCCUUCGGAGGCGCGCAUGACUCUGUCGCUGGAGCUGAGCGGCGCUCAGAGGCACAUGCAGCGGGAACAGGCGGAGCCGCUGGGCAGACUGCUGGCCCGCAUCGCGCACAACGCAGCCAAGGGCCCGAAGAGCAAGAAGAGCAAGACGAACCCGCCGGAGGAGAGCGAACCCGCCGUGAGGCUUUAUCAUAACGGGGAACCGGUGGCGGAGGACGCGCCGAACGCGGACGCGUGGCAGGACGGGGCGGUGCUGCACGUUGGGCAGCGGAAGUACCUCGUGGACCGGAACCCGCCCACCUUGACCGUGGCGGAGCUGCCGGCCUCUCCGCUCGCCGGCUUCCCCGUGUGCCCGAAGCUCCAGGUGGAGUUCGGCGACUUGCGCGACUGCCUCCUCCACUGGUACAGGGAGAGCGCAGGGGACGGCUGGACGGAGGCGGGCGGCCAGCGGGUUUUCACGCCGAGCAACGCGGACAUCGGACACAAGCUCAAGCUGAGAUGCACCCCGGUGCGCGGGGCCAAGCGCGGGGAGGUCCGGGAGCUGGUGACGGCGGGGACCGUGGAGGCCGGACCGGGCGCCUGCACCUUCGACCAGCGGCAUUUGUACACGGGUAGGGUGACGGGGGAGCGCGCGCUCCGCGUGGUCUCCUACAAUAUCCUCGCCGAUGUUUACGCGCAGACCGAGCUCUCGAAGACGGUGCUGUACCCGUACUGCGCCCCCUACGCGCUGCAGAUAGAUUACAGGCAGAGUCUCAUCAAGAAGGAGCUGUCAGGUUACAACGCGGACAUCAUCUGCCUCCAGGAGGUGGACAAAGCCGUGUUCGCCGACAGCCUGUGCCCGGCGCUCGACGCCUUCGGUCUGAACGGCGUCUUCCGGAUGAAGGAGCGGCAGCACGAGGGUCUCGCCACCUUCUUCCGGACGUCCAAGCUGGAGCUGAUCGGACGUUAUGACGUCACGCUGAGCGACGCGCUGACGUCGGAGUCGCGGCACGCGGAGCUGUGGCGUAAGAUGUCGGCGAACGAAGCCCUGAGGGACAAGGUGACCCAGAGGUCCACGGCUUUGCAGGUCACUGUGCUUCAGUCAGUGAAGGACCCCUCUAGGAAACUCUGUGUGGCGAACACACACUUGUACUGGCAUCCCAAAGGCAGCCAUGUCCGUCUGAUCCAGAUGGCCGUGGCUCUCCAGCACCUGCAGUGGGUGACCUCGGAGGUCCAUCCUGGGACGCCGCUGCUCCUGUCAGGCGACCUCAAUAGCCCGCCCUCGUCAGGGGUGUUCCAGCUCAUUACCAGGGGCCAUAUCCCGGAGGACCAUUCGGACUGGGCCUCGGAGGGGCCAGAUGAGCUGUGCCCGCUGGAGGUGACCAGCCCCUUCCAGUUGGCAAGUGCCUGCGGGGAGCCAGCCUACACCAACUAUGUGGGUGGCUUCCAUGGCUGCCUAGACUACAUCCUGGUGGAGCCAAGCGCCCUACAAGUAGAGCAGGUCAUCCCAAUGCCUAGCCACCAGGACAUCACCACUUACCAGGCCCUACCCAGUGUCUCCCACCCAUCUGACCACAUCGCCCUUGUCUGUGACCUGGUGUGGCAGUGAUGGUUGGCCAUACCUGAAGCCUGGGGUCUGGCAGUGAUUGGUUUCACUAGUUAAACAUAUUUAACAUACGAUUUGAUUAUGGACAUUUUUGUUAUUUACAUAAGCGAUGAUAAAUGGAUUUGGUCCUUCCAACUGCAUGGUUCACAGCUAAGUUACAGGUAUGAUUCACUAAUGGAGACUCUUUGAGGACAGGGUGCUUGUUGGAACAGAUCAUUAUGUUAUCAGCCUAAAUUUUGUGUAAACAUGCAAUGGAUAAUUUUAAUUAAGAAAUAAAAUCAGUGCCAGUCAGGUGCUAGGCAUGCAUA